GAGGGGGAAAACUGGCUGCUUCUGGUUUCCAGACAUAAAUACAAAGCCGGGUCUGCGAGGGAGCCACCGAGGCAACAAAGGAGAAGCGGAGAACUCCGAGGGUGUUUUCUAUUUUCUUUUUACGCGCAGGGGGAAAAAAAGACCAAGAGAGUAAGUGCAGCAACACUUGCUGGUCAUCUUUUUGCAUGCUUCCACUGGUGUUUUGAUGAUUCAUCCUGAGCAGAAGGCCGCUUGCAUUUGAAGUUAGAAGGCCUCCUUGCCAUCACCCUAAUCUUUAGCUCCAGCCGCAGAUUCCAGUCGGGACUCUGCUUGGGCCAUUCCAAAAGACUCAACCGAAAAGGAGCUUAGACGGCAUGCAAAGUUGUGAAAUUUCCUCAGACAGCACUGAUGAUCCUCUUAGUAGCGGCCUUCGCCCUCAUCGACAGCCUCGAAUAGUAGUAAUCGGUGCUGGCUUGGCCGGCCUUGCUGCGACAAGAGUCCUACUGAAGAACGGAUUCACGGAUGUCACGGUCCUAGAAGCGUCAGACCACAUCGGUGGGAGAGUUCAGAGCGUUAAGAACGGAAGAGCAACUUUGGAACUUGGAGCUACCUGGAUUCAUGGUGCCAAUGGGAACCCAGUGUACCACCUGGCAGAGGAAAAUGGGCUGCUGGAGCACACCACGGACGGAGAGAGGAGUGUGGGACGCAUCAGCCUGUACACCAAGAACGGCGUGGCUCACUACCAGACCAACGUGGGCAAAAGGAUCCCCAAGGACCUGGUGGAGGAGUUCAGCGACUUGUACAAUGAGGUGUACGAGCUGACUCAGGAGUUCUUCCAGAACGGGAAGCCAGUUUGUGCUGAGAGCCAGAACAGCGUUGGCAUUUUUACUCGAGACCUGGUGCGGAAGAGGAUUAUGGUGGACCCCGAUGAUCCCGAAAGCACCAAGAAGCUUAAACUCUCCAUGCUUCAACAGUACCUCAAGGUGGAGAGCUGUGAGAGCAGCUCUCCCAGCAUGGAUGAGGUGUCGUUGAGCGAGUUUGGGGAGUGGACAGAAAUCCCCGGCGCACAUUACGUCAUUCCCGAAGGCUUCAUGAAGAUCGUUGACCUGCUGGCCCAGGACAUCCCAUCUCACACCAUCUGCCUAUGCAAACCCAUUCGCCGCAUCCACUGGAACUACUCUGCCCAGCAUCGGGAGGUCAUCGGCAAAAGCAGCGACACCAAGAGGGACGACAACCACAACGACAACAACCACGGCCGCCGGGCGAACGAGGACCCCCUGAUCCUGGGUCAGCCUAUCUGGGUGGAGUGCGAGGACGAGGAGUGGAUCCCAGCAGACCACGUCAUCAUCACGGCUUCCCUUGGCGUGUUGAAGCAGAACCACGAGGUCAUGUUCUCCCCGUCUCUCCCCGAAGACAAGGUGCUCGCCAUCGAGAAGCUGGGCAUCAGCACCACCGACAAGAUUUUCCUGGAGUUCGAAGAGCCCUUCUGGAGUCCAGAGUGCAACAGCAUCCAGUUCGUAUGGGAAGAUGAGGCUCAGCUUGAACAGCUGGCCUACCCCGAGGAGCUGUGGUACAAGAAGAUCUGCAGCUUCGAUGUCCUCUACCCACCUGAGCGCUACGGCUACAUGCUGAGCGGCUGGAUCUGUGGCCAGGAGGCGCUGCAGAUGGAGCGCUGCGAUGACGAAACAGUGGCUGAAACCUGCACCGAGCUGCUGAGGCGCUUUACAGGGAAUCCUGACAUUCCGAAGCCCAAGCGCAUCCUGCGCUCAUCCUGGGGCAGCAACCCCUACAUCCGAGGCUCCUACUCCUUCACCAGGGUCGGGUCCAGUGGCGAAGACUGUGAAAGGCUGGCCAUGCCGCUGCCUUAUGCAAACAGCACCAAGGCUCCACCGCUGCAGGUCCUGUUUGCUGGAGAAGCCACCCACAGAAAGUACUAUUCCACUACCCAUGGUGCUUUGCUCUCAGGGCAGAGAGAGGCCACCCGUUUGAUCGAGGUGUACCAGGACCACAAGGCCUAAGAUAUAUAUAUAUAUAUAUA